AGUAAAGCCAGACUUAUAACCUUUGAACAUGGCAGCAUUAGAAGCAUGUACUGCUCUUGUAACAGGGGCCAACCGAGGCUUGGGUUUAGAAAUGGUCAAGCAACUCCUGGAGGCCGAUUGCUCAAAAAUAUUUGCUGCAUGUCGUGACACUGAUGGACCAAAUUCUGAGGUACUGCGAGAACUAGCUAAAAAGAAUCCAGAUGUUGUCACCCUUGUAAAGCUUGAUGUUGCUGAUCCAGCCAGUAUCAAAGAAUCUGCCAAGAAAGUGGGUUCACUACUGGGGGAGAAGGGUUUGAACCUACUUGUGAAUAAUGCUGCAAUCUUGCCACAAAAAACCAUGCUGACUUGUUCUGUUGAGGACAUGCACAACACCUUCAACACCAAUGUGAUAGGACCUUUAUUUGUCAUUAGGGAGUACCUGCCGUAUCUGCGAGCAGCAGUUAAAGCCAGUGGAAAACCAGGGAUGUCACCUGGUAAAGCAGCUGUGAUAAACAUCUCCACGGAUGCAGCAUCUUUAAACAUGAUCCCAUCAAUGAAAGAGCCAUUCCCACUGUUCCCAUACAGUAUCAGCAAGGUGGCUCUUAACAUGCUGACUGUAUACACUGCUAGAGAUUUAAAGGCAGAUGAGAUCCUCUGCAUUUCUAUUCACCCAGGAUGGGUGAGAACAGACAUGGGAAGCUAUGAGGCAACACUCGACACCAGAGAAAGUGUGGAAGGCAUGCUGCGUGUCAUUGGCAGCCUAACUGAGAAAGAUCAAGGUGGAUACAUGGACUACACUGGAAAAACAAUGCCCUGGUAAACCAGAAGAACAAUCGGAAACAUUCUUACAUAAGGAGGUUCAUCAAGAGGCCAAUUGUGACGCAAACUUUACCUGUAAUAAAUACGCUAAUAUGACCAGUCAUAACCGAUAACCUCAGUCUCAUGAUAUAUAAAAUAAAGCAAACAAACCAAAAAGGAACCAGCUUCUUGAGCAAAAUAAUUUGUCAUUCUCACAGCAAAACACACCAUGACAUUUCAAAUAUUUAGCAUUUAUUGAUUUAUGCAAUUUCUUACAACAUUACUUCAACAUGGACUCAAGCAAACAACAAGAGAUGGAUUUUAUAUAUACACAGUCGCUUAUUUUUUACAUUUUGAUCAAUGCUUAUGUUAGUAUAUAACUUGGUAUAUAUAUGAAUUGUAUGUAUACAUUGUGAAAAAUGAAAUAAAUAUCAAUAAUCUUU